AGGCUUGUUCAAAGUGAACCACUCCGGUGACUUUGGCGUCACCUCUCAAUACAGCAACUAGGGGAGUUAGUAUCGGAUGAAGCUAUCACUGAUGCUGCCAUGAUUGUCAAUGUGUCAAUUGUCUGCUACUCUAAUUCGCAACACUCAUACUUUCCACGACAUGAGCAAUUAAAAUUGCCAGUACCUCUGGCAAUGCCAUUGGCACAGAUACGGGCACAGAUACCACCAUAAAUACCACAAUCACAACGCAUCACCAUCAAAAUUUUCACACAUACCUGCUUUAACCAUUUUUAAUUGAUGUUGUACGUAGAAAAAUAAAUCGAGGCCGACGCCCCUUAUAUAGUUGCCCAAUUGCCGGCGGUGUGGCUUACAAAUUCUUCAUCAAAUCAGAAGCGGGGGCCACGCACGACCGAUUUCCCAGCUUCACCAAUAUGGCAACUGCUUUCUUAUAUACUUGUGAGCCACCACCCUUGUAGUUAUCGACUCCGUGAUACUUGUAGUUAUUGACUCGCUGGUGGUGACACAGGGCUACCAGGUGGUCCGUGAUCGUCCCUGGGAAGAAUAGCACCUGGGAGAGGCUUUUUCUUGCUAGCCUUGGGCGGUGGCGGCACUGGCGGCACCGUAUCGAUCAAGUAGAACACGUACCCGGUGGCGACAAUUAUCAAUGCGGUAUACAUCAACGUGCCCUUGUCCCUGAGCCGGUGUAAAAAACGAUCUAUGACUGUCAUUACUUGCAAGUAAAAAAGACUGAUGCGCAACUGAGGAGGAGUGGCGGUAUAAAGCCAGAGGAAAUCCCCUGUCGCAGCAAUUGGGAAUUUUAACUAACUAUGAGUUUUAAAGAUUACAUUAUUACAUUGAAGGAACAAGCCAGCGAGGCCGAUGUCGCAUCUGUCAAGAGCAAGGUUUCAGAGUUGGGCGGUACUAUCAAGAAUGAGUUCAGCUUGAUCAAGGGGUUCACUGCUUCGCUUCCUGUUAUCCACUUUGACUCGAUCAAGAAGCACGAGCAUGUGUUUAAUGUUGAGGAAGAUCAGGAGGUGAAGACCCAGUAGACAUUGGUAGAUAGGAUAGAAUACACAGUAAACGAGAUACCAGUAGGAGUGGUUGAAAAAGAC